AUAUCUCAUUGUCGUUUCAAACAGUCAUAGAUUUAUGACGGCAAGAUAGGAAUUGUCAUUUUCUCUAAAAAUAAUGGAAGAACCAGAGAGGGGGAUUAAUCCUAAUUCACAAAAUUGUUCUUCCGGCCCGUGUUCCACAUAUUCUGCCAUGGGACGAUUUUUCCAGAGAACAAGUGCAUUUGACUGUAUGCACCCCUCUCAGUCGGGAGGGGUAGGACUUGCUCCUCCGCCCACAGGGUUCGGAUACCCAGCAUACCCUAGUGAUUGGGGAUUUAUGCAUGGACCGAGUUACACACCAACUUUUAACUUUAAUAGAACGUUAAACAGUCCAUCCAAUUUUUACUCCGUUUCGAGAGACCUGGGGACUUCGCUUGGACAUACCGUGACCGGCCCUCCUCCACUCAUCGGGGCUAGUGCAAAUUCUGUGGGAAUUUCAUGUGAGCCCCCGGAUAAUUAUGGAUCCGGACUGUGUGGGGAAUCUCCUUGUUCUCCUACUCAAAGUGACAACUGCUUAUCGGAUGAUUUGGACAAGAAGGAAAAUAAAGACAAUGAUCCUUACAAGUUAGAUUUGUCAGUCAAACCCCGGAAAGAAAGAACAGCCUUUACAAAACAUCAGAUCCGGGAACUGGAGAAAGAAUUCGCUGUUCACAAUUACCUGACUAGACUGAGAAGGUACGAGAUCGCCGUAGCCCUGGACUUGACGGAAAGACAGGUAAAAGUCUGGUUUCAAAAUAGGCGAAUGAAAUGGAAGCGAGUGAAGGGAACAAAAUUAGUUAAAGACAAGGUGGACGGUCAGCUUAAACCCAUCAUGGCGCCAAAUAUUUCGUCAACCGCAUCGGAAGUGCAAAACUGUGAGAUUCACCAAAGUUAAUGAAUGCAUGCGACGGAUUUGUAUAAAUGAAAGUGCCUUUGAUUCAGUCAACGAGGAGUUUAUUUCUGGCACUUGUGAAUGUGCAUCGACGAAAUCAUAAGGGUGUUUUCCUCUCUUCCGUACUAAAUGCGUUUGACGGCUGUCCACGUAUCUACAUGUGUAAUUCUGUACUUAUGUCGAUUCGUGUGAAAUGUGUAUAUAUCUAGAAAAUUUGUAAAUACAUGAUAUACUACCUUUUUUUAUCAGGAGAUACUGUUGUGCUCUACAAUUAUUGCAUGUAAAUAUUUCAUCCUGCAUUGGAUUAAAACCAUUGAUACACUGACA